GAAGCCAGAGCAGCUAAGGAGCAGGGUUGUGGUGUGUGUGUGUUGUUGGACGCAUUUUUAAUCAACAACUGGCUGUUAGGAGACACACAUCAGUCUUUUUUCCUUUGGCAACAGAAACAAACACAUGUUGUGGAAACCCACGUCCCGUGGACAACACUGACAAUAUCAUACCUGGUAUUCAUUUAAGAGCUAAGAUGGCUCCGGUUGAUGACGUCGUGGCAUGGGGAGAGUCGCUCGACCAUCUUCUGGAGUGUAAAACGGGCCAGCUGGUGUUUGAGAACUUCUUGAGGACAGAAUACAGCGAGGAGAACCUUCUGUUUUGGCUGGCCUCCGAGGACUACAAGAAAAUUACCAGCGAAAGUGAAAUGAAAGCUGUUGCCAAAAGGAUUUAUGCAGAGUUUGUGGAGGUUGAUGCGCCCAGACAGAUAAACAUUGACUGCGUGACGAGAGGAGAAAUCAGUAAAAAUCUCUCUCAGCCGGGGCCAAAUUGCUUCGACAGAGCGCAGAGACUGAUAUAUGGUCUUAUGGAAAACGACUGUUAUCCGCGAUUUCUGAAAUCAGACAUCUACCAAGCUCUCCUGGAACAGCAAUGAAAGCAACGCGAGGAAAAGAGAAGAAAUCAUCCGACGCCCCUCUGAAUGAUUGAUUCUGCACUUCAGCCGACUCUGCUUAGAAUCUCGGUUAAAAAA